AUAGCAUUUAAAAAUAACUUCGGGCGAUGUCGGAAAAAAAGCUGAACGAUCUUAGAGUAAUAGAUUUACGUGCUGAACUUGAAAAAAGAGAUUUAGAUAAAAGUGGAGUAAGAGGCGUCUUAAUACAGCGAUUGUCAAAGUAUUUGGAAGAGGAAGGGCAUGACCCAACUACGUAUAAAUUUGAUUUGAGUGGCAUAGAUAAAAACACGGUGAAAAGAGCACGGAGAGUAGAGAGUUCAAUUGAACCAGACAGCGAGGAAACGCCUACCAUGGAGGACAUGAUCGUCCAAGACGACGCCGGCCAGGAGGAGGAAGUCAGUCUGCAGCGCGAAGCUACCUCCGAGCAUGUCCCGCCGGCCGACAACAACACGCAGAUGGAUGUCGAUGAUAGCGACAAAACAAAUAGAAAACGAGAACACAAGGAAGAAAUAGAUGAGGCAAGUGAAGCCAAGAAACCGUGUUUGGACAAUGAUGAUCAUAAAAAUGAAAACAAUACAGAUGCUGAAGACAGCAUCAAUCUUGACAUUGGAGACGAUGAGUUGCUCAAUGAAGAGCCUGAUACUACUACAAAAGCUCAGCAAGAUGACGGAGCUAAUGAAGAUGCGGCGGUGUCAACACGGGAUGAUGCAGCAGCAGAGCACUCUGCAGCUUCGGCCGACGUCGCACCAUCCGAUGCCCAGCAAAGUUUGAACGAUGCUCCUGCCACUAGCAAUGAUGGUGAGCCUGGAGGCAAGGAAAAUAAAGAAGAAAAGCACAAAGUGGAUGAUGGAGAAAAGGAGAAGAAGAAGGAGGACGGUAAAGAGGGUGGUGCACGCAAUUUGUGGGUCAGCGGCCUCUCUGGUGACACUCGCGCUAAGGAUUUGAAGCAACUGUGCAGCAAGCAUGGAAAGGUAAUUGGUGCAAAAGUAGUAACGAAUGCCCGCACCCCGGGAUCGCGCUGCUACGGUUAUGUCACCAUGGCCAGUGCACAAGAUGCCGAAAAUUGCAUUAAAAAUCUGCAUAGAACUGAAUUACAUGGGCGAAUGAUAUCUGUGGAGAAGGCGAAAUCUGAAUCGGAGUCAGCGUCGCGGAGGCAAACCUCACGCGCCGACCGGCGCACGAGUCGCGACCACAAAGACGAUAUGAAAGAGAACAUGGCAGUGAAAGACGAGAAGGAUGAUGGGAAGGUUAAAAAGGACCCAGGCUCUGGCGCCGACAGCCCUCGCUCCUCAUCUGGCACGAGAGAGAAGUCUCAGCGCUCCGAUAGGGAACGAACGAGCCGUAGCACACGGAGCAACGAGCGCAGGAGAUCGCCCAGAGAAGUGCUCUCGUUUUCUAAAAUCUGGAAAGAACGCGAUGUGGCUCGCGCGCGCGAACGGUCUCGGGCGGCGCGCGAGGAAGAGCGGCGCCGGCGAGCGGCCGAAGACGCACUUCGCGAGCGCGAACGGCGCCAGCGGCAGGAGAAACACCGUCUGGCGGUAGAGCGGGAAAAGCUACGCGCAGAGAGAGAAAAGAUUGAACGUGAAAAGAAUGAGUUGCUGAGACUAGAACGAGAACGCCAUAGACUAGAACGAGAGAAGCUGGAGUUGGAGAGACUUGAACUCAAGAGAGCCCAGCUCAGAUUGGAAGAAGAGCGCCGUAAACGCGGGUACGAGAGCAGCUCCACUUACCGCAAGCCUGCAUCGAGUCCGCCGCCAGAGCCUUCAUACGAUCGUGAUCAAAGGCACAAACGCGCACCGCCACCACCAAUGACAUCAAGCCGCGGACAGUUCGAAGCGCCACCGCCGCCUCGGUUCGAGAUGAACUCUGGCUACGACCGCGGAUCUGACAAGCGUGACCGCGAUCGAGACUACAAACGGGGUGACUACUCUCGCCACGUCUCUUCUGGAAAUAUGAAAUACACUAGUAAUGGCAGCUCCAACGACGACACCCGGCAACCAAUGCCGCCCGGUACUAGACCUAAAGAGCCUAGCCGAUCAUACGAAUCUCGAGAUAGCCGCUCAUACCGCCCUUCUUCUCCAAAUAAACCUGAGCCACGAAGUUGGAACUCUUCUAGUCGUUAUCCCGACACUGCCCCGUCUAAAAUUAUUUGCAAAGGCAGCGGAGGUGGCGGCAGCAGCGAGACAUGGUCGACUGGUGACGCUCGCUACGGCGGCAGUACAUACGAGACACGCUACGCGCCCGCUUACCAGCCGCCGCCACCCGGCGCACCCUACCCCGACCGCUAUGCGCCCCCAGCGAGGGAUUACCGCAAAUACUAGCAUAAGUCGAAGCGUAAAGAUAAAUAAAAAAUUACGAUAUGACAUGCACAGAUUAUUUACGACAAUCAGUUGUUUAUUAUGGAAGUUUUAAUGAUUUAUCCUUCUCAUCUAGUAGAAAGUUAAUAAAUAAAAUUCCUAUUUCGGGUACGUACAACGUAAAUGGUUGAUAUCACAGAUUGGUACCAGUUUUAUUGUAUAAAUAAUUAUCAAUUAAACCUAGGUUUGUGAAUAUUUUUAUUCUGGCGUGAUAGUAGUUCUGCAUGGAUAUAUAACCAAUAAUAUUUUGCUUGCUUGUUCAAAUAAAUAAUUUCAACUUGUACAUAACU